AUUAUUCUCACUACAGCAUGUGCCGCAAUCACACAAGGAUGGCAGCAAUCAUCUAUUAACGCCAGCUCUCAAGAGUGGCGGAUAGCCCUCAACAUGGACGAUAAUGAUUAUUUAGCCGGAUUCAUAGAUGCUGCACCUUGGCUGUCUGCAAGUGUCAUAGGUGCCUGGUCAAGCGACCUGCUACAGGAAGCGAGUAAUGGGAGGCGACCGGCUCUCCUUCUAUCGUCCAUCUUAUGUGCGGCCUUUGCCCUUGGGUCCGCCCGCUGCGAGAGCUGGGUGCAGCUUCUUAUAUGUCGAAUUUGCCUUGGAUUUGGCAUUGGAGCCAAAGCAUCAAUUGCACCGGUGUUUGCAGCAGAAGCAGCGGCUGACCAUCUCAGGGGCCGCCUAUUGAUAAUGUGGCAAUUCUUUGAUGCGGCUGGCAUAUUUCUCGGUUUCCUUACUGUAUGGAUCGUCGAUCAUUCCUGGAGAGCCUUGCUGGCGACAGCCGCUAUUCCUGCCUUGAUCAUGUUGUUCCUGGUAUUCCUCUGUCCGGAGUCUCCACGAUUCUUGAUACGGAGAGGACAUUACCGUGCUGCAUUUGGUGUGCUAUGUCAGCUCCGCCCAACGGAGGUCCAAGCCGCGCGAGAUCUUUUCUACAUCCAUAGCCAGUUGCAGAAGGAGGCGACCCUUAUCAAAGACCAGACGGCACCUGAUCAGCAAGCGGGGAGGGAUCCAGCAAGUGGAAUGCCGCUAGAACAUUCACCAGACCAGGCUGGUGAAGAUCAGUACCUGAAGAUGGUCCAGAAUAGCAGCUACCUGCACAGAGUUGGCGCACUGUGGAACGUCCCGAGAAACAGAAACGCCUGUAUAGCGGCUUUUAUAGUGAUGGCGUCCCAGCAGCUUUGCGGAAUCAAUGUCUUGUCGUUCUACUCGUCCAAACUUUACGACGACAUCCACCAACCUGCUAAUAAAGAUCGACAGCCUAGACCUGUCGUUAGAAACCGAGAACUUACUGCUAACGAGCUCCACAGGAGAACAAGGGUGGCAUGGUUGAACUUUGGGUUUGGGCUGGCAAACUUUCUUUGUACUCUGCCGGCCUUUAGGUUGAUCGACAGGUACAGCCGCAGACAACUCCUCCUCACCUCUCUGGGAGCGAUGUUCUUUUGCUUGGUGGCCAUUGGUGGUUUUUAUGAAAUAGACGACGUGAAUACCCGACUGGGACCGAUUGCCACCUUUACGGUUGUUCUUUUUAACGUGGCAUAUGGGGUGGGGGCGGGCCCGAUCCCAUUCACGUUCAGCGCAGAAGCUUUCCCUCUUUCAUAUCGAGAAGUCGGAAUGAGCUUUAGUGUCAUGGUCAAUUUCCUUGGGCUUGGCUUGCUGGUACUCUUCGUGCCCAAACUGACCCAGGCUCUGGGAAACCCCGAGCUGCUCUUCCUGUUCUCUGGUCUAGAUGUGAUUGCAUUUAUAUUGGUAUUUCUCUUUGUCCCAGGCGCUUCAUCAAAAUACACGCUAGAAGAGAUGAACGGCAUAUUCAAACAUAGGAUGGUCUGCCACGUGAGAUGGCACCUCUCAUUGUUUCGUGUUUUCCGUGGCCAGGAAAGAGGGGACUUUGAGGAAUUCUGUGUCUGUAAAGAUUCUGGCGAGUAGCCCGCUUUCAUUCUCAUUAUUGGAAGGAUGAUCAUUUUAUGUGAGAGCCAAAGUUAAUGUUAUCAUCAACAACACUAACAGGGCUGUUGGAAUGAAGGAACUGUGUUUUGAUGUUAGUUCAGAUUGUGCAAGUUGGCCUUACAGACAGAAUAUGUCAUUAACACGUAUAA